AUUCAGUGCAAAGAUCAUUGUUAUAUGGCCGGCCUCCAUUCAGAACUUGGAACGCAAACGUACUCCACGUGACAUGUGAAGGCCUAUUAGAUUAAUCCUACUACGCGUCCAUGGACGUUGAUUUUGGUUCCCGUCCGUCCCUUACGUUCUGUUAUGAGACAGACCUAAUCGGACUGAUAUGGGUGUAGAAAUGUGGUUGAUAGAUAGAUAGAGAGAUAGCUAAACGACGUCCUGACGCUAUCGUGUGCGAUCGUAACCUCCCUAUCUUAACGUAGCUGAUCUGCACAAUUUCUUGGGAUUUCAUAGUGAACGAAAUGCAAAAAUGUGUACACCGACAAUCCUUAGCUUUUGCGCGUACCACUAAGCUGCUUGAAAAUAUGCUUCGUCAGACAAUGAAAGAGGCUCUUUUAUCCCAUGACAUCAGAAAGCUAGCAUAACAAUCGACCUGACAUCAAUCACAUCGCCGGGAAUCAAGAAUAGAGCUGGUAUUUAGUGCGUCACACGCUACAAGGAUACACACUUUCUAACCUUUCAACAACGGCUUCGUUUUCCAUUUUUCUUCACUGUUUAUCAAGAAUUUUGAUACAAUUUUAGUGAUGAUUGUGGACAGGUUGUAUCUUGAGGAAACGACAACUACUAAAUGCUAAGGUUAUAUGACUGAGACCUUCAAUGCCCACCCGCAUCAUGUACAUUAUACCUGCAUUGAUCCUCGCAGGGACUGCCAUACAGGUGGUGCAAUGUAUUGAAAACCCAGAUCUUGGCAUACGCAUCGUUGGAGGCAGGCUUUUCAUCUACCAGAUGGAUCGUAAGGUUGGCGAAGAAAUAUGGGGAACUAUAGACCUCUCAAACCGCACGUUGGAUGAAUUUAAUGUAGUUUCAGGAGUUUAUGUGCGUCCGAAUGUGCAUACGUACUUCAAAAUCUACAUGGCGCCGGACAAAGGUGAACAUUAUGCUAUCCGCGGUGGAGUACAAAGGUGCAGUGAUAAAAAUGGGAAAGAAUCUACAAAGGAGCAGUACAAGUGGGGUCACCAGGUUGGGGAAAAGAUGUUGAUCUUCUUCGGUCGCGGAGCAUCUCCAAGCUAUGGGUGGGGACUCUGCCUGUUCUACCUUUGGUUGGAGAAAACCAACAAGCCGCCAGACAUCGGUGGGAUUCGGGUGGUUGCCAUGCAGCUUGGCACGACUCAACCUCGGAUAAUCCCGUACCAGUACGGAGAAGCCAACGGGGAAUGUUAUGCCGUUGCCAAUUACCGCUGUUGGACCACGACUUGGGGGGAGGAUUCUCUUUGCAUGUUUGAGCUUUGUAAAGUUCCCGAGUUGGAAAUCAUGGAAAUAAGGCUUAAUAAUUCCAACCAUCAAAUAGAUGAGCGCAUCAUUGCAAAGAAAAAGGUCGCAGAGCUUGUCUGUGAAAACCUUGAACGAGAUUGCCGGAGCGGGUACAACCAGAUUCCUCAGGAACUAACUCUCACCAAAUUCGUCAAACUAAACAUGUACAGCAACAGCUCAAAAAUUAAACUGUCGGAAGAGUUCAAGAAACACAGUGGGGAAUCGUGUGACUAUGACGUCAGCUUUACGUCAGACUAUGAGCUGAUGCACGGUCGCUAUAUGGCAGCAAAUGUCACAGUAAGAUCCGAGUGCCCAUUUUUGAUUCCACCUAGGACACGAAAGGUGUUCUCCAUCUACAGAAUCACCACCGUCAAGAACACUUGGGUGUCUGUUAUGCUGAUGCAAUAUCACAGGCAAUUUUGGGAUGGGGCGUCCGUGACAGUACAGUCAGAGACAUUAACCGUGGAAGAGGGCUGUCUCUGAGAGACACGGCAAAGUGUUGGGAAGACCUUGGGAGAUCUUGACUUUACGAUGGGGCCUGCUAUUCUUCUGACUUUGAAAGGUUAAUUCAGGAUGGCUUAUGACUAUAUCCCAGUACGAGUAAAACACCAGAACGCCAGAACGUGGCUCAUCAAUCUGAUGAACUGAUGAAAUCCAAAGCGAAUGUAUCUGGUUUCACAAUCGUUUAAAGCAGGUCCCCAAGUUGUUUGAACAAAACCAUGACAAAGCAACAUCGCGGACAUUCGACGUCAUUUUCGUCGUUAUCUGGAACUAUUCGGGCAUUUCCGGAAGGUCGUCGGAAGUAUUCUGGCUCUAUCGUGAUGCCGAAAAUAACGGCUUUACUUUCUGUUGAGCCGAGUUCGGGCGUGAUCUGGAGAUGGACCCUUGCGGAACAGUACGGGAGCCCAGAAGCAUUUAAACAAAAUAUUCAAUAUUCAAACCUCGACCAGGUACUUUUUCAAGUCUAUUUUUGAGGUUUUAUUCCUUGAAAAUGACUAACUUUAAUAUUGAAGUCGACGGCUCAAUACCGGAUGAACCUUCUAGGAAUUUGUGUGCCAAGUUCACCACUUGUGACGUCAUUUUUGACCAAAUUCUCAAUGAAGGCUCGACCCUCAAAAGCUUGCGGGAUCGACGGAAGGAAAUUACGUGACUAUUGUCAGGUGAAUUAGAACAGCAUGUAUUUGUAUGUAGGAGUAUAUGCGUGCUAGUUGAUUGAAAUUGAUCUACUUGGGACGGUUUAAAUUAGAGUGGAAGUAGCGAGACUUGGCAGACCACGACCGUUGGGCUGAGUUCAGGCAUGAUCUGGAGGUAUACGGGGCGGCUCAAAAGCUUGGAAGGUUUACUUAAACUCAAAACAUGUUGUUGAAACCUCGACUAUACCUGUUCAAUAUUGAAAUAAAUGUUUAAAUUACUAAAAUAAGACAACCUCUCCACUCCAGGAUUUCUUGAUAAGCAAUUCAAAAUGGCUGCACCGCUGUACCUUGAAACACCUCUACGUCAUCGCCUAAAUAUUUUCAGGGGCUCCCGUUCAAGUGACCAUUUGAAGUUACCUCACAUUUUUAUAAAACAAAUUUAACUUAUUCCUGAACAAAAAGUAAUGCUCAUUUUCAUGAAGGUUCAACAAGUUCAUUGACGAGACAGGUCACAGAGGCGCUCUCGUGAAAAGAAAAAUGUAAAAAUAUUCCUCGAGCUGGUUCGACCACUUGAUUGCUGCCGUCUUACCCACUAUGCCAUGAAGCCGUUGUUGUGAAUAAACAAGUUUUCCACUUUUCUUUUCACGUACAAGCUUGACCGAAUGGCGUCUGCACCAUUUUCAGUUUCAAAGUGGCCUAUAAAAAUUGCCCUUUUACAAUAUUGGCGAAGUGAAUUCAUAAGAUACAUAAUUAGGAGAUGAAGCCUCUAGGCCCUGAAUGUCGCCCGAUGUUGCCGAAAAGUAAAUGCAUAAAAAGGGGUUUUGUUGGCCAAAAGACUAUAGGAGACACAAGAGGAACAUCAGACAGAUAACCAGAGGAACAUAGAACCCCCUUUAUAUCAUGGAACGAAGCCAGCGGCGAACACUGAUUAUUCUGUAUAAAAAAACCCCAAAAGAUCUGCAAGGCCAUGGUCCCAUAGACCAUCCAUUUCUUCAUAAUGUCUCUUCAGGUUUCACAACGGCCAAUGUCACUCGGAGGAGGCUUUUUCCGACUUAUUAAAGGUCUCUCAAACUUUUUCCUGAUUUGUCCAUUCAUAUGACAUUUCUCCGAUAUUGUCCGACCUUUCUAGGAAUUUCUCCAAAAGGUCAGAUUUCCAGAAAACCUGUAAAAAAUACUAGGGCUUCCCAAAAUAGGCCUUUACAAAACAAAGGCCUUAGUUGAAUGGGGUUAAUGAGGUGUGAUGCAAACACCCAGAGUGACCUUUAGUGUGAAUACUAAUUAGCUCCUCUCCUUGGACCCUUUACAUGUCUCACAUGAGUGCAUGUGGGUUAGCCCACACCAUGUUCAAGCAGGGGAGAGACAUUUACAACAAUAGGCUCAAAACAAAGAAAACACUGCGUUUUAUGUAAAUAAAAACAAUUGAUCGUUGAGAUUUAUCCGUCACGUAGUUAU